CAGUGGACCAACGUUCUGUGGAAUCAAUGCGGAAAUGGUGCAAAAUGCAAAUCAAGGCACCAUUUCCCGAAAGGCUGCAUUUUCAGUCGACAGUUUUUUGACAAUUCUCCAGCGGGGACUGGGUCUUGAAAUCUUGUUAUCUUAGUGAAAUAGUGAACAUGGCCCCUUAAAUUGAUUGUAUUCAUGAAAAUGGAAAGGAAAGCGCAGUCUCAUAAUCAGCGUGGAUUACGGCCGAAGUCUGCCACGCACAUGCAGGCUGGUAAUGGUGACCCUAGAGUCGCGCUGCGGUCUUCCGUGCGGCCGAAACCAAACCCUUACGAAGUACAGUUCGGUGAUGCACAACAUGGGUGCACUCUCGCUGGAGAAAUUGUUCGUGAAAAGCAUUCUCGUCGCAUGCCGUUGAAAGACUACAAGAAUUCUGUUAGUCUGGGAUAUCCUCCGGGCCCGAAUGUUGGACGGUUUGAGCGCAAGGAGCUUAUCGCAGAAGGUGGAUACGGAAGUGUGUACAAGGGAGUGGACUUGAAAACAAAGCAGACGGUUGCGUUGAAAUACAUGAACAGCGCGGAGGAUGACAGCCUUUCUCAAGCAACACUACGUGAAGUGGGAUUACUGCGCGCUGCCGGAUCCCACGACAACAUUGUUCGAAUACUCUGCUGGUACUUCCUGCCGAAAACCACCGUUAUGGUUCUCGAGUAUUUGGAGACAGACUUGUCGCAGUUUAUCAAAAAACACCGCGCGGAAAACAGAGUUCUACCAAACUAUUUGAUCAAGUCUAUAAUGAAGGACAUCUUGGUCGGCACUGAGCACUUGCACGGCCGUGGGAUCGCUCACCGGGACAUGAAACCGCGCAAUAUUCUCAUAGAUACGAACAACGGAUGGCGUGCUAAAAUUGCCGAUUUCGGAUUGAGCAAGUUCAUGACUUUUCCUGUUCUGCCCCGAGCAGAAAAUUUUGGUACCCGUUGGUAUCGCGCUCCGGAAGUUUUACUGGCUUGCAAGAUUACCACGAUGCGCGUUGACAUGUGGAGCAUCGGCACUAUAUUUGCUGAAAUUAAGGAACGUCAUGCCCUCUUUCCUGGAAAAGAUCACGAUGAGCAGGUGGACAUGAUUUUUGCGACACUGGGUGUCCCAACAGCGGACAGUUGGCCGGACAUGUACCAAAAAAUUAAGCCAAUAAUCCAGAGUCUGCGACAUUAUUCCACAAAUCGUUUGCGAGAGAAGGUGCCCUCCAUGAACGAAGAAGAGCUGGGAAUUCUGCAGAAUCUAUUCCAGUAUCAGUCUGCUCGUCGCUGGACCGCUGGUGAAGUGCUGAAAUUGGAAUAUUUCAGCGCUGCUACCACAUCCGAUGCCGGUGACUUUGAAAUGAUUUGACUGGCCGGUGGAUAAAUUGACCGGGCAGUAAAUUGUCAGGGGUACAAAAUUUAAUCUAUCAGUUUUUAUGAGUAUAUUUCUGGGCUGUUAUCCGAUGUUAAAAAUUUCUGUUUUUGUUUGGUUAAACGGAAUUGAGUAGAGGAAAGUUGGUAGGGGCGUAGACUUAUUAAUCCUGUUUAUGUUUUUAUCUUUUAGUUCUGCUCCAUGGUAUUCUGCAGAUGACCUUUUACAGCUCGGCAUUUUGUCUAACUUAUGGUAGUAUUACAAAUUUCCGGCUUUCGUUCUUAAUUCCGUGAGCCUGUUAUAAAGAUUCGUAAACAAUGG